AUGCAAAUCCCAACUUUCUUUCUAAGGACAACUAUCCGACUUUUGCUCUUCCAGGCGCUCGUCGCAUGGCUUUCUAUGCGCAGCCACAACUUGCCUCUACCUUCCGCAAUAAGAUGGAUCCUUACCACCACCCUUGGGUCAUAUGUCACCACCGCGAAAGACAUCCUCGACAACAGGUUCGGUUUCAUCUUACCAUGGGAAGCGACAUUCAUCCUCCCAGCAGCAUUGGAUGAAUACAUCACGAACAGCAUGCCCGAUUUGGCCAUCUUGCUCGGCACAUCACCCUGCGAUGAGCGAGUCACACCAAACGACCCGGAUACCAAGCUUUGCGCUCCAAUACUCGCGCACCAUUGUUUCGGUCAUGCGGAAAUGUUUCCCCAUAAGCCCAAAGUCAGGUUACGAAUUAUGGAGGCUUGUUGGCAGAAUUACCACACGGAUGUCAUAACAGCUAGAAAGCAUUACGACAGGUGUCAUAAGAACGAGCCACCGUCUAUCAUGCAGCUAGUCGGGUGUUUGAAGGCGAUAGAAUAUUGGGAGAAGAAGUUGGGAAUCUGCAGCAGGUUGCAGCCUCUCAGUAGUUGUGUCUUACGGUAUGGAGCGCAAGACACGAUGGCAGAAUUCGAGCGUGAAAAGAAAGAAAAGGCAGAUCCAAAGAAGGCCGAUUCGAGCGACUUAGAAGAAACUGGCAGAACAGGAAGUCGAGAUAGAGACAGCGACAGCAUGGGAGGGAAACGAGAGGAGCACAGCAGGACGAGAAGCCCAGAACGGUAG